ACUGGACCUCUAGGAAGAACAGUUUAGAACUGAUAGAGCUAUCCAGUAGAAAAACAGUUUGACACAAUAAUAUCAAAUAAAUAUUCCUUACUAAUUGCUAUUUAUCACGCUCUUUCGGACACGCUGUAUGGAGGAUAAAAAGUUAUUAAACCAUGCUACAAUGGAAACAUUAAACGUAAUUUCUGAUGCAAAACGUUCCUUCAAACCAAACAAAUUUCGUGUGAUUUAUUGACAUUGCUGGUUGCUCAGUUCAAAGUUGUUCAGCGUAUCUUCAACGAGCCGACAGCUCUGUUGGACUCUAAUUAUCCACCAACAACUUCGUUUGUUUUUAAACCUGUUCUUGUAUGACGCUUCACUGAGUCUAUAUAUUGCAUGUAUUCACACUUUGAAAUGUCAGAAGCUUCUCUCAAAUAAAACUAUCUUCCUUUCAUGUUUCAUCACCGAAAAGGUCUAUGGAGGAAUUCGUCGACUUGACUUCGUUGCGGAGAAGGAACGUUCAGUGAAAUAUUGCUUCAAAAGAUACGACAAUCAAAUGACUGGAUUGUUCUCGUGUCUUUUACUUUCUCUACUUGCUUUGAGCAAUGGAGUGGAAAAUGUCACGAAAGCCUAUGUUAGACGAUUUGGGAAGCCAAACUUGCCCGCCAGUAAAAGAACCUUGACAGGAGGAACCUGUUCUCCCCCAGUGAUCGAGAAUGUGGCACCCAUCAGAGUUGAAAACAGUCCAUCGCGGCCUGGUACAUGGACCUAUCCCAUCUACUGUAAGCCUGGCUACAGUUUAAUUGGGCCUUGUCGUUUGGUAUGUAAAGAAACCUCUGGAGGUACCUUCGCUUUCUCACCACCGUAUGGACUAGACCAGCCAUUCUGUGUCAAAGAUUAUGCAUCCAGUCAAUUUACAUGCAACUACAUGAGCUCAGUGUGUCCACUGGUAUGGGAUAAUAUCGAAGAACCAACCCAACCACCCAUAGCAAUAUCACGAAUAUUCUGCGGUCAGAUUUCUAAUGUUGCCGCGAACAGUGUACAAGUAUUCGGUUUUGGUGCUUCCAUCUACAGUGUCAAAACCAGUGGAAAUUUGUGUCUUUAUAAGGGAGGAAUCAAGGACAUUCCAUGCUAUAUUGUGAAAGGUCAAAGAAUGGUCCCUGUUGCAAAAGGCAAUGACCUGCCCGCAAUCACGUAUUUGGGCAACUUAGAUGGCUAUGAAGCUUUGAGCGGCGCCGAAGAUCCCUAUAUUGGAAAGCUAAGUCGCCAAGUCCCCUAUUAUCUCUUCCCGCCCGAUGUGGCACCAUCUACCCUCGUGAGUUCCCUUCGGGAUUAUUUGGCCGCAUGCGUGAAACGUCAGGGGCAAGUUAUCUUGCAAUGCAACCAAAUCCUGUUCCUCACCUCGUCGACUAGCGGGUAUGACAUCUUAAUCGGAGGCCAGCCUGUGGUUAAAGGUAUCACGGACGCAUUUCCGGUUCCUCCCGGCAAAAAAUGCCAAGGGUUGAAGUGUUGCUGUGAUUUGAACCCAACUUAGAGUGGUCGAGAUCUCCCGAGAACCGACGCUCGUACGGAACUAAACGAGUCUACUCAGUGCAGUGUUGUUUCCCGAUUUUCUAUGAUUGUACCAAACAAGUGGAUCAGAACAGCUUUCAUUUAAGAGAAAUGCAAGUUUCAUGGCAAUAAGUGGAACACAUUAGCGAGAUGCAGUACGCUUUCAAGACAUUUUCAUUUUAAGAUGUUUAGGUUACAAAAAACACGGGAAAACGUACGUAACAUUUUAAAUCAAGAUGCAUUGAAAACGACAAUUCUAGCAUGACUCUGUUAAUUCAAGGUAAGAGAGGACGUUAAAACUGACCUUAGUGCCCGGUCGACACAAGUCCAUGAAGGUAUUGAACACAAGCUUUGAGAAUCACCAAUACCUUGGACAACGACGAGCCAGCUUAUAGCCUGGGGCCGGUUUGUUCGAAAGGCGUUUAACUUAAACAGUGGAUAAGCCAAAAUUCAAAAAUACUCUCAUAGAUCUUGUGAAUGACUGAACCUGCAUUUAAUAUGUACUUUCGUUGAAAAUUAAACUAUUUGCAU